AUGCCUAAUUUUGUUCCACCUUCUUCCAUGAGCAGCAAUUCUUCUCCAUCGGUUCCUAGUUCUGCUUCACCUGCUUCCACAAGCAAUAAUUCUUACAUACCACUGGUGCUUAAUUUUGCUCCGCAUACUUCCGUGGACAGAAAAUCCUCUCCACCACUAACAAAUAAUUCUGCUCCACCUGAUUCCAUUGGCAAUAAUUCUUCUCCACCACCAAUUCCUUCUACUCCACCUGCUUCCAUGGGCCAUAAUUUGUCUCCACUGAUGCAUAGUUUUGUUCCUCCGCCUCCAUUAAUGGCUCCAAACCGUGGUUGCUCCAUAGAUCCUAGAAAACUAGCCAUAUGUUCUAUUAUACUUAAAGGUGUACGUGGGGAGCACCCACAUUCAAUUCAUUCAGAUCCUCCAGAUGGUUAG